AGAAUAAUACAUAAAAGAAAAAAAACAUGCCGUACGUCACAAACGGCCAUUUUGUUUCCUUUAUUAUCAGCGUUUCCAAACUUUACCGCGUUCCUUUAUUAAAUUUAUUUUCAAUAUUUAUAGGUAUCCUGUUUGUACUAUUUAACAAAAGGAUUGUCUUGUAAUGGAAAACCAAAGAGAAAAAGAGCGGGAUAGAUCUAGACGAGGGGAUAGGCCUUCUAGGUUUUCAGAUGUGACCCGAGACCGCUCAAACGACCGGGAUCGUCCAGAAGGGAAACGAUUGUUCGUUUCUAAUAUUCCUUACGAAUUUCGUUGGACUGAGUUGAAAGAUUUGUUUAAGGAAAAGGUUGGUGAUGUUGCCUAUGUUGAGUUAUUCAAUGAUGAAAAUGGAAAACCAAGAGGGUGUGGGGUUGUUGAAUUUACAAAUUCUGAAGCAAUGAAAAAAGCACUCUUUGUUAUGCAUAGAUAUGAAUUAAAUGGCAGGAAACUGGUAUUAAAAGAGGAGACAGGCAAUGAAAGAAACAGAUUAAAUUCUACACGAUCUGGGGGUGCAGGUGGCAGUGGCAGUGUUGGUGGGGGCAGCAGGAAUCCUAGGGAUGAUAAAGAUGGAUGGGGUAUCAACAAACCUAGAGAACCAGAAAAUUUCAAUACAUAUGGUCUAAGUUUACAAUUUCUUGAUUCCAUUAAUGUGCAACCACCACUUGUAAAAAAAGUUUUUGUUGCAAAUCUGGAUUAUAAAGCGGAUCGGCCUAAAAUAAAGGAGGUUUUUAAAAUGGCCGGUAAAGUGCGCAACAUUGACUUGGCUGUAGACAAAGACGGUAAUAGUAGGGGAUUUGCUGUUAUCGAGUAUGAUCAUCCAGUUGAAGCUGUACAGGCUAUAUCAAUGUUUGACAAACAAAUGUUGUAUGACCGAAGAAUGACUGUUAGAAUGGAUCGGGGAGUAUCUGAUAAGACAGAGUUUAGAUUACCAGAGGGGCUGAAAGGCAUUGGUCUGGGCUUGGGUCCUAAUGGGGAACCACUGAGAGAUGUGGCUAGGAACUUACCACAGACUAAUACACCAAGUAACUUGAGUCUAGCAAACAGUAAUAAUACAUUGGGUACAAGUGUUUUGGGUGGUGUACCAGCUGCUGGAGUUGCUUUGAAUGGUCUUGGAACAGGAUUGUCGGCAAAUACAUUAAAUGCUAACUCUGCUUUGGGUGGAAACUUGGGAUUACAGGCACUAGGUUUAACUGGACUAGGUGCUCUACAAAAUCAACUAUUACAGCAGGGUUUGACUGCAAAUGAUUUAGCCACAGUUUUGACAGCACAAGCCAAUGUCAAUACUGCUAAUUUAGGCCUGGGCAAUACUGACUUGGCUGGAAAUGUUCUUGGAAACACAGCUUUGACAAAUAAUGUCUUAGGAACAAGCUCGGGUAUGAGCAGUGGGCCACUUUCAGGUACAAACCGGCAAUUAGGUGUGUCCGUUUCCGGCCAAGGAUAUGGUCGUGGUGACCCUGUCGGACAGUCAAGUGGCAGAGAUAAGCAAUCCGACAUGGUUAUGAUCACCAAUUUACCACCGACAGUUACUUGGCAAUUGAUUCGAGAGAAAUUUAGUGAGUGUGGCGACGUGAAAUUCGCAGAAAUGACUGCCCCAGAUACAGCUAUUGUUCGUUUCCAUAAAGAGUGGGACGCAGAGAGAGCCAUCAAAAUGUUUGACCGGACACGCAUUGAUGGCCGAACUAUCGACGUUCGUUUCUUUUAGAAAAAAUGAAAAUGGAAUAUGUCGUAUUGAAGUCAAUCUAUUGUGGGGUUUGUACAAAUCUCGGAUGCGGCAUAGUUGAAUCUUCGUUUUGUGUCUGCUAGAAAAGUGUCGACUUUUGGUUGACAUUCAUAUAAUCUUAUCAGAUAAAAACUUGUAUUUUAAUUUGUAUUUAGCAUAAGAGUCUUGAUGAUUGCUGUAUUAGGUGUAAUUAAUUAACACAAUAAAGUUUAUUAAAGAAGACGAAAAAGGUUUUUUCAAGUCCGUGUAGAUUAUUAUAAAAGAUAUUAUCUGUAUUGAAAAUGAACCCAUAAAAGGUGCUGUAGUAUCGAGACGGGAUGCCAAGUUAUUUACUUAUAACUGUUUUGAACUUGUAGGUGGUUGUAAUGCUGAUUAUAGUAUUGGUUAGUUAUUGACAUAUUCGGAAUAUUCAGAUAAAUAUGGUCUCAUUGAAUUGUAUAACCAACAGCAAACAAACCUGUUGAAUUGUCUGGAUUCGUAGGGAGCGGUCCCUCGAUUCUUAAUGUUCACAUGAGACAUUGCCUCUAAUUGAAAGGACAAAUGGCGUCGAAUUUUAUGCAUUUUCAUUCACUUUCAUUUUGUGAUUCUUUCUAGAUUUAAUAGCUGUUCGUUUAUAGUUAUAUAAUGUAUAUAAUGGGUUUAAGGAUGCCUAUCGUAAAAUGUAAUGAUAAUUUGUGGUGUUACAAACUAGAAAGGUAAACGAAGUUUCGUCGCUUGAUAACUUUAAUUGUACACUAAUUCGAACUUCAAACAAGUAUUACGAUCUACGUCGGUGACCCACAUAUCGUUUUGCUUAGGCGUUUCCCGAUUCAUUUCUGUAAGAUAUGAUACCGUUGGGGAAUGCCAACUAAUAAUCGUCUUUGGAAGAAGGUGUCUUUUGAAGAUCGAACUUUGCUCAAUGAUGACUUCACUUUCUACGAUGUGUGUUUGAAAAGAUGUUGAAUUUUAUGGUAAGUUUCUCUGUCAUCGAAUGGACAUUUUUUGUUUUGAUGGGUAUGCAUGGGGUUUUUGGUGGUUAUUAGUUCUACAUGAAGGAAUAAUAAAUUGAAACUUGUUGUUUAGUAAUUAUUUUCUUUAUUAUUCUACCGAUUCUUAUACACGACAAAUCUUCUGCGGAUCUUGAAAGUAUAUGGUCAUUCAACCAAAUACAGUUUUUUCUUAGAAUCGUGCUUUGAGACAUCACUGGUGGCAUGAAGAUUUAUUGCGUCGAUUGUCAGAAGACGUCAACGAUUUCUAUGGCUUAUAUUGUCGAUAUGACCAUUGCCCACUUCCAAACACUUUGUAAUGAUUACCACUAGGCGAUGUGUUGUUCAGUAUCAGGGCUUGCAACAAUUUCUCUAGUACACUUUGCGAUUAAGGAAAAAUAAUUUAUACUGUUGUUACUUUUUAAUGCUUCAAUAUAAUUUGUAUAUGUGUAAUUUCCAGGACAAUGAAAAUCUAAAGAUUUUAAGAGGAUUGAAAGAAGACAAAA